AUGGCCGCAGAUGAGCGAGUAUCGUUGGAAUAUAGGCUAGGAUGGCUGCUUGUAUUGAGUUUCUGUAAUUAUGUCUCAGCUGGUUUUGGAACCACCAGAUUUGUAGAUAUUGAAGUGCAGGUUUUAGCCAACGGUCUCCCGAGCCAGAAUGGUUGCAACGUUUAUGGACCUUUGAAGAGGCGCUUCAGUCGCGGAAGAUGCUAUUUGUUGGCCGAGACGUACAUUCUUGGUCGGAUGUACAGCGUACGAAUACGCUUGGACCGUUGUACCACCUAUCUAAUCAACCACUACAUUCUGAUGAAAGUAGUAAAUCUUUCUGAUUUUGUUUCUUGCAACUUUGAACGUCGAUCCUUUACCAUCAUCAACCCAAAGCUCCAGUUUUUGGCGCGUUUAAUACCGCUUAAGAAGGAAAAUUUGUUCUGGUGGAUCGGUAGACUAUUCCUCACAAAGGAAGUAGCUUCAUUUUCAUUCGAUCUCACGGAAGAUGAAAGUAGCCAAGCCAUGUCUUGA